AUGGCUGGCGAGAUUGAUAUGUUGAUUUUACAAGCCGUACCACGAAAUGUGAAGUAUUCGAAGGUGCAACGCUUCUAUCAAGAUGAAGUCAUCUUUAUCACAGGUGCAACUGGUUUCCUUGGAAAGGCCCUUCUUGAAAAACUGCUGCGAUCAUGCCCAGGAAUCGAGCGGAUUUACCUGUUGAUCCGCCCAAAAAGGGAUUUCAGUCCAACAAGAAGGUUGGAACUCCUGUUAAGAUCAGCGUGCUUUGAGCGUUUGCGCCAAGAAUGCCCAUCCAGCUUAAACAAGCUAGUGGUCGUCGAUGGUGACAUCAGAGAAGAGAAGCUGGGCUUAAAAUCGGGUGACUACGAGCGCCUGGCUUCAGACGUGUCUAUGGUCUUUCACACUGCGGCAGAUGUCCGGUUCAAUCAAUCAUUAAGAAACGCUGUGAAAAUUAACAUGGAAGGCACCAAACAUGUACUGGAUCUUUGCCAUCAUAUCAAGAAGAUGAAGGCUGUUGUGCAUGUCUCGACAGCAUUCGCCCACAGCGAUCUGGACGCACUGGAGGAGCGAGUUUACCCAUCCACGGUAAAGCCGGAUGACAUCAUUUCGCUUACAAAGUAA